CGUCGCCCCACCACAUCCAGUCGUACUGCGAAUGCCACGCUGUGAGCUUCGUAUUCGCGGUAUUUUGGCACCUUUUUCCCACUCGCCCAAUAAAUCGAACCACCUCGACAGUGUUGUUACCCCGAUUGAAUACGCGUGAUCCGCAGUUGGUCGCAGACGGAAUCCGGCCGAUUUCCAAUAGGAUCCGAGGUCGAUUUUAUAGUUUUUGACGACCGGUCGAGUACCGUCGCCGCUCCGUUCUAUCCUGUCUUGCCAGCUAGCCCGCGGAGCGCAGCGUGUGUCGUAGGAAAAGAAAAGGCCCGGCCGUACGAAGGCGAGGUAGAUAAUAUAUAUACAUAUAUAUUCGUGUGUUCGAAUCCUCGAUUUUCCCGAAUCGCGUAUUUAACGGGAGUGUUAGAAAGUGCGCAAGCCGAGCCAGCGGCAGAAACCGCGAUGCGACAGCGCCGGGUGAUGCUCGAUUCGCAGCGGCAGCGGCAACAGGAAGUACAAGAGGUUCGGAGAGCAAGAUAGACGGAAAUAGAAGGUUCAUAAAGGAGCAACACGGCGCGCGGCUAGACGGUACAUGUACGUAUGCAUGGUGAUCCGUUCGCGGCGUACCGAGCCCGGCAGAGAGACGCUGUCAUUGCUGUUUACGAACAUUUGAAACGGGCGCGCGGUUUUCCACCAGUACUCGAAACAGUUCGCCGAUAGUUUCUAGUUGGUGACACCGGACUCGUUGUUUACCAACGUCAGUGGUGUGCGGUCAAACUGGGAACGUCGAUUACCCGUUCAAGAGAGGGAGGGAUAAAAGGAGAAAGAGCGCGUGUGCGUUCGCCGAAGGUACAGCACGGGCACGUAGGUAAACCGUGCGUGCGUGCGUAUACGCGUACGCGGCAGGUAUCGCGAGGAGGAGAGUUAUAGGAGAACGCGUGGCUCGCAGAACGGUAAAGGAAGGAACGGGAGUAUACGCGGUCGUAAGAAGGAGAGGUAAGCAAUAGGAACGGGCAAGAGCGGGAGAGCGAGCGCGAGAUGCAUUCCAGAUGGACGAUGACGCCGCACAGUCUGUAAGGCUCGCGUGGUUACUCCAUUAUAUCGCGUUUAUCCGUGAUUGUCGUGUCAGGACGUAUAUCGGCGACCGUGGUCGUCGGCUGGGUUAUGACGCGCGCUUAACGCGCUGCGUGCACGAAAUCGAAGCGAGCGCGUGUCGAUCCUGUUGUGAGCAACAUGGAGUCCGACACGGCGGCCGACUGGCCGUCGCCGGGAAUGGGCUCCCUCGAGACAUCGAUGCCGAGGAAAUUCCGGAAGGAACGCUGCCGGUGGGCAAUAGUCAAUUGGGCGAUGUGCGCCCUCUGUAUUAGCAGCCUCGCCGUGUCCGGUUUGCUGAUGUACAGGGAACUGGGAUUGGAAUCGCGGAUCGCCAGUUUGGAGGCCAGGUUGCAGCUACAAGAAAUGCCGGACCAUAUCACGAGGUUCAAGAGGGAGGUUCAGCAACAGCUAGACACGCAGAGGAUCUACAUCGAACAGAAUUAUCUGCAUUCGAACGGAAUUCGGUUCAAGCGAGACGUCGCAUCCGAGUGCAAAUGUCCACCGGGUCCUCCCGGAGAGCCAGGUCCUCCUGGAAGGAAGGGGAAAAAGGGGAAAAAGGGUGACCCCGGGGUACCUGGCCCGCAGGGUCUGACCGGGGUACCGGGCAAGAACGGUUUUCCGGGUCCUAUUGGGUUAGAUGGACCGAAAGGUGAGAAGGGUCGAGAUGGAGACAAGGGGCAGAAAGGCGAGCUGGGAAGUCCGGGCUUUGACGUAUUUUCUGCAGUAAAGGUCAAUGCACAGGGAUUAGGGUUAAAGAGGUCGGUGACGACGCUCCGCGGCGGGACACUCGGCUAUGCGGAAAUCGUCGCUCUGAAGGCACUUCAGGAGCAAGGGCAUAAUAUCUCAGCGCAGAGCAUCAUACAACUGAAAGGAGAGCCGGGCGAACCUGGACCGCCGGGGCCACCCGGUCCUCCGGGCGCCGAAGGUCUUCCUGGACACGAAGGCAGGCAAGGAGUUCCGGGCGACAUCGGGCCAGCGGGCGAGAAAGGACCACCAGGACCGAUCGGGCCAAUCGGUCCUCCUGGCAUCCCGGGACUUCCCGGUGCAAAGGGUGACCAGGGUGAUAAAGGCGAACGAGGUAUAACAACGUCUUUGAACGGAGAACUUCAAACUGGAGUAUUCGAGGGACCCCCUGGUCCACCAGGACCACCUGGGCCCCAGGGCGAGAAGGGGGAGCCGGGCCCGAUGGGACCACCCGGUCUGACGGGAGAAAAGGGUGUCCGGGGUAAGCAAGGGAAGAAGGGUUUCAAGGGUGAAAGCGGUGUGGCAUUGAUGAGAGGUCCGCCCGGUCUACCGGGUACGAAGGGUGAACCCGGAGAACGGGGUUACCGAGGAGAAAGAGGCACCAAGGGAGACACGGGCUCGCCAGGACCGAAAGGCGAUCAAGGGUUGCCUGGUUUUCCUGGAUUCAAUGGAACGGACGGAGAAGUCGGUAUUCAGGGUCCUCCAGGAUUGCCGGGAAUUUCUGGACCUAAGGGCGAAAAGGGCGAAUACGGAGAUAUCGGACCUCCCGGACUUAUGGGACCGCCAGGUUUGCCUGGUCCACCGGGUUAUCCAGGGAUGAAAGGCGAAAAAGGAGAGAAAGGCGAAUCGAAAUACAAAAAACUUAGGCGAAGACAGGGAGACGGUACGUUCGAAGUAAAUGCCGGCGAAGUGAUAAUGGGACCGCCGGGACCACCCGGUCCAGCCGGUGCCCCUGGUCUUCAAGGUCCUCCAGGCAUUAAGGGCGACCGAGGACACGAUGGUGCCAAAGGCGAUCCUGGAGAGAAGGGUGCCAAAGGAGAUCCUGGUCCAAUGGGACUGCCCGGCCCCAUGGGACUGAGGGGAGAAUCCGGGAAGCCCGGGGAUGCCGGGAAACCUGGUGCCAUGGGGCCACCAGGAUUAGACGGCAUGAAGGGUGCGCAAGGAGACCCGGGCACGAAGGGCGAGAGAGGGGAUCCCGGCCUACCUGGUACCGACGGAAUUCCUGGCACGGAGGGACCGAAGGGAGAGAAAGGUGCUAACGGCGAAUCUGGACCGUCUGGGAAACGCGGUAAAAAAGGCGACAAGGGCAGCAAAGGAGAUCAAGGCGUACCUGGAUUGGACGCACCCUGUCCAGUAGGGCUCGACGGACUUCCACUAGCAGGAUGCGGCUGGAGACCACCCCAGAUGUUUUCAGAGAAGAAGGAACAUUCUUCACGAUUGGCUAGAAGAGGAAGAAGGAAAAGAAGGGCAGUGAUACAAGCACGAUAAGGAAGAUAGUACAUAUUUUCAAGGACCUUUGUGUAUACUCCAUCGUAAAAAUACAAUUUAUUCAGUUUAACGUGAAAUGAAGCGAGUUAUUUAAGAAAAAGAAAUAUGCAUGGUGUUCACUCCUAUGGUUCGCGCCAUUCAUCGACCGUCUGUAAUGUAAUAAAGUAAGUCGUUAAGGAAAGAUUCAUUUAAAACCACAGUGAAACAUCUUUCUGGGAAUUAAAACCAGGAUGUGACAUUCUACGUUCUUCUUUUAAUCAAUUUUUAUUGUAUUCGGUAUAGAUCGUUGGUUUUCACUGUACUAUAAACGACUGAAACCUCUUGCGAUUUGCCAGAGCGAACACCCUGCGUAUAUUUUUUUACAUAAUAUAUAUAUUUUUUUUCUUUUUUGGCAUACGCAUACAUGUAUGCCGGAAUAAUCUUCUUGCCACAUCGGGUGUUGUAAAUAAGUGUACUUACAGUGUUUAGCGUCCGCAAAUAGUGCGUGUACAUAAAUAUCUAGAACUUAUCACCGCGAACGCGGUUAGAAACGGCAUCAUAAUUUUAAACGACAAUUUGUUCAUAAUGUAAACGUAAACGUGAAUAAUUUACAUUAAGUUACGUUAAUUCCUAGGCGGAAGAGUAAGGCCGGUGACCGAAUUAUCCAAAUAUCGUUCGCACAACGUAAUAAUAGCGAUAGGGAAUGGUCUAAAACGAAUAAAUGAUUUAUUAGUCUAUGGAUAUCAUCGCCAUUGUAUAUCUUCUUUUGCGAAAUGCGUUACGUUUUCCAUGGAGAAAUUAAUUUUCAUCGCGUGCAGAUAGAAUACAAUGUGUAAAAAGUUUCGAUUAUUCCACGUUUCUACAUUGAAAAUGAACUGCCAAUUGUAUUUUCUAAAACAUCGUAAACGAAUUGCUUCUCGAUGUAUAUUUAUUUCGCCGGAAUGCGACUGACCGCAGUUUGGCACACGCAAUUAUAUGUAUUUAUACAGCUUCCUUUUUUAAAUUAAUUUCACGACAUAUGAGUAGAUUUUUUAAAACGUUUGUAAUUUAAAUUGUACAUCGCUUUUGGAAGGUCCUAUCUGUUUCCCUUUAUUCAAAUUUUUACCCAGUAUCGUAAGUUUAAUUAUUAAAGAGUUUCGAGUAUUAUUGUAUUUCCGUCGGCGGGAAUGACGGAAUGUGAGUUUUUAUAAUGGGAAACGCUGAUUUUAUUAUCUUCGGUACGUCCAAUGAAUAUUUCUGAAUAGUUGCGGAGGAAAAUUUUUAUACAAACGUCGGUUAAUAAUGCAUAUCCUGACAAUUUCUAUUUAGAUUAGUAAUAAUGUCAAGUGUAAAGCAAAGGAGUAACGUGUACACAUUGUCAAUACUAUCAGGUAUUAUUAAAUAAAGCAUAAUUAUAUUA